GGCAUCUGACACAUUGCCUUUUGACUCUUCUGUAAGGAAACAACGCAGGACUUACACAGGCUAGGCGUGUUGAAAGCUAACUUCACUAUGACCCUGUGUAAGGGGAAAUUUUUGUUUCAGUGCUUGGUAUCAUCUCAUUCUCGUUUAUCGACCUUUGUACAAGUACGUUCAAAAUGGUAUACAGCACAGUAUUUAGAGCCCACCAUGGACAAAAAAGAACUAAAGAAACCAGUCUCGGCCACUGAUCCAAGGCUAUUCCGACCAAUAAUGGCACCAAGGACUGAACAGUCCAUGUCUUUCACAUAUGUACCUGAAGUUCAGAAAUUUAUAAACAUAGUGAUGAGGAAAGGGAAUAAGAAGUUGGCAAGGGAUCUGAUGGAAGAGACCUUUAAGAAAGUGAAGAUAUUACAGUUACAGAAAUAUCAAAAUGCAAAAGAAAGCAGUCGAGAUGAAAUAGAUUUAAAUCCUGUCUCAGUGUUCCUUGAAGCUUUAGAGAACUGUCGGCCCAAUGUUCAUACCACUAGAGUUAUACGUGGUGGGGUGUGGUAUGAGGUUCCUAUUGCUUGUAAUCCUGACACACAAAUGUAUAAAGCGAUGACCUUCCUGAUUAAGAGUGCUGGGGAGAAGGAUAGAACAACUCGCUUCACUGAUGUUCUUGCUAAAGAGCUGAUAGACGCAAGUAACAAUGAGGGUAAGAGUGUAAAAAGGAAGCAGGAGCUACUGAAGCGUUGUGAUGACAACAAAGCAUUUUCCUCCUUCAGGUUUAGAUGACAGAGUCUUUUGUGUGUGAACAUUAUAUAGAUAAUAAAGAAUGGGUUUGUACAGAC